ACGGCCAGAUUAUGAGCAGCAUCGUUGGUGGAGCCCACCGUCCGCUCAUUGAAUUCGGAUUGCGGUGGUCGACUGACAUCAGCCGUCGGAUUCACGUCGCACGGUCUUGAUACGCGCGCACGAGGCGGUGGGGCUGGGAAGCAUCAGGAGUACUCCUCCCUUUUCCCAUUUCAUGUAUAAAUAGCAGGCGAGCGGAUCAUUUCUGCCUCCGACCGAUUGCCGACGGAGAAUUAGAAAGUUCGAUCAUGGAAUCAUCCCGCUCGACCGGCGUCGCCACCUUCUUCAUUUACUCUCUACUUUUUCUCAGGAUACGAGCGGCAGCGUCCGUACACUCGGAAGGUCUAACUAGGGAGGCAUCUGCAAACGGAGAAAUCGCCGCCGCGGCUGGCCAGUUCGUCGAGAUCGAUUCCUCGGUGGAGGAGCGGAUGGGGGAAGAAGGGGUCUGUUCGAAAGAGGACAUAUUGCUGUACCAGGGGGCGACGGCGCCGCUGCCUAACGGGAUCCCGACGUACACGGUGCAGAUCCUGAACACGUGCGACGUCGGCGGGUGCGGCGUGGGCGACAUCCACGUGCGGUGCGGUUGGUUCAGCUCCGCCCGCCUCAUCAACCCCCGCGUCUUCCGGCGGCUUCGCUUCGACGACUGCCUCGUCAAUGACGGCACCGCCAUUGCGCCCGGCGGCUCCGUCUCCUUCCAGUACGCUAACUCCUAUCCCUACCCGCUCUCGGUUGCUUCUGGCGCCUGCGGAUGACCAACGGCCUGAACCGGCGGUCCAGUUGUUGCGUGCUUGAUAGGUAACCACGUGUACUUGUAUCGUGCAUCGCGCGUGCAUUGUAGACGUCUAAUUACUAAUACUAAUAAUUAAGUGCAUGGAAUUUCUGAAAUUUUUUGGUCUUUCUCUUGUUUAGCAUAUUAAAAAAUGAUUUUAUACAUAAAAUUCAUGAAGAAGA